UAUUUUUGACAGUUUAAACAGCUGUGAAUCAUCCUUGUAGCGUGUAACAGAACGCAGGUCUUUCGAAAAUGGCUUCGAUGGUAAAUGUUUUGUUACGAAAAUCUGCAAAUUUAUGUCCAGGAAAAGGAAUUUUACGGAAUUUACCAUGUAUAUUUAAUGUGACUCAGGAUCGUAAGGCACAUAGAUGGUACCCUGAUGCUUCAUUCUAUAAGCAAUUUGAAGGUCCUGUGCUAUUUUAUGAUGAGCUUGGCGUUACUAUACCACAUCCACCCUACCAUGGUGUUGUGUCACCAACUGAGAAACAGGUCAAGAAUAUGAUACUGAACUUUGGACCCCAGCACCCCGCUGCCCACGGUGUGUUGAGACUGGUGUUGGAGCUGGAUGGAGAGGUAGUCCGGGGAGCGGACCCACAUAUCGGACUCCUCCACCGGGGCACAGAGAAGCUGAUCGAAUACAAAACGUAUACCCAGGCCCUGCCAUACUUCGACCGCCUCGACUACGUCUCCAUGAUGUGCAACGAGCAAUGCUACAGUCUGGCCGUUGAGAAGUUGCUCAACAUUGAUGUUCCACUGCGGGCUAAGUAUAUUAGAACUUUGUUCGCUGAAAUAACCCGGAUCCUGAACCACAUAAUGGCUGUGGGCACCCAUGCUCUCGACGUAGGCGCUCUCACUCCGUUCUUCUGGCUGUUCGAGGAGAGAGAGAAGAUGAUGGAGUUCUACGAGAGAGUCAGCGGGGCGAGAAUGCACGCGGCCUACAUUCGUCCGGGAGGCGUGUCCUUGGAUAUUCCACUGGGUCUGCUAGACGACAUCUACGAGUUCUCGAGCAAGUUCGCCCAGCGGCUCGAUGAGGUGGAGGAUGUACUUACCACCAAUCGGUUGUGGGUUCAGAGAACCAAGGACAUCGGCAUCGUGACAGCACAGGACGCGCUCAACUACGGCUUCAGUGGCGUGAUGCUGCGCGGGUCGGGUAUCAAGUGGGACCUUCGCAAGACACAGCCCUACGAUGCCUACCACCUGGUGGACUUUGACGUGCCCAUCGGAACCAACGGGGACUGCUACGACCGAUACCUCAUUCGAGUGGAAGAAAUGCGACAGUCGCUGCGCAUCAUAGACCAGUGCCUCAACCAGAUGCCGGCCGGAGAGAUCAAAACUGACGACGCGAAGCUCACACCGCCCUCCCGCGAGGAGAUGAAGACAUCGAUGGAGGCCCUCAUCCAUCACUUCAAGCUGUUCACGCAGGGCUACCAGGUGCCGCCCGGGUCCACGUACACGGCGGUGGAGGCGCCCAAGGGAGAGUUCGGCGUCUACCUUGUGUCUGAUGGCAGCUCCAAACCUUACAGAUGUAAAAUCAAAGCGCCGGGCUUUGCCCAUCUGGCGGCGCUGGAGAAGAUCGGCAAGAACCUGAUGCUGGCAGACAUCGUGGCCAUCAUCGGCACCCUCGACGUGGUGUUCGGAGAAAUCGACCGAUAGGCGCGUGGCGUCAUCCUCGUAGUGUAUAUUGUUAAGCGUAAAUAAAUUAUUGGUUAAUC